AUGACUACCAUGAAUGCCUUCUCGAGCGAGAGUGGAUCCAGCACCCCACAAGCGCAAGCAGGCGCAUUCACUACCGGACCAUGUUCAAUCCUCAUUCGACGACUGCCUGCGAAUACCACCGAAGAUACAUUGAGGUUGAUGGUAGUCUGGUCGAAGGAUUUCAUUGACGCAGAGGUGUUGUCACCCGAGAAGUCCGAAGACCCUGGAUUUCGUUCCGCCAUUCUCCGCUUCAAGUCCCAUCCAGGCGCUCUAGAGGCGAAGAAUAUGCUUGAUGGAAAGACAAAUGUUGCGAACGACGCCCAAAUGAUUGUGGAAAUCUUUUAUGGUAGUCCUACCGCCUCUCGACGGUACACUCUUGAUAAUACCGCGAAUCCUGGACCGUCGAGUUCGACUUCAUCAACAGCCUCAUCUGGAGGACCAACUCCUCGUCAAUCGUCAAGGUUCAACGGCAGCUUCCAAACUGGACAAAGGGUGUCUCCGACGAAUAAUGGGUCUUACGCGAGUAACGAACUGCCCAACCCAGAAGUCAGUGCACAUUACCAAAGUUUGUUCUCUCCGCAGUCCCCCAUUGGAAAUCACUUGAAUGAGCGCACAAGAAUCACUGGGAAAUCGGUAAUCAACGAUUCCGUUGACGACGACGAAACUGGCGAACUCCUAAAGGACCCUCUCGGGAGCCAGCACUACCAGCGUCACAAUUUUCCCCCAGUCAAUCCUGCUGACCAGAACCCUCCUUGCAAUACGCUUUACGUCGGCAAUCUUCCAAUCGAUACCUCGGAGGACGAGCUCAAAGCGAUGUUUUCGAAGCAACGUGGUUACAAGCGCCUUUGUUUUAGAACGAAGCAGAAUGGCCCGAUGUGUUUUGUGGAGUUUGAAGAUGUAUCAUUUGCAACAAAAGCACUUCAUGAGUUGUAUGGGCAUCCUCUUCACAACAGCAUUAAAGGAGGAAUACGUCUAAGUUUUUCCAAAAAUCCACUUGGUGUACGGUCCGGACAAGGAAUGUCAUCACCCGGACCUCAAAAUGUCCCAGGCGUCAUGCAGGGCAUGAAUGGAGCAAUGUUAGGGGGUGCUGCUUCAACGUUCAGUACUGCUAGCGGACCCCCACCCGGGCUCUCCGCACCACCAGGACUUGGUCCGAAUAGAAUGGGGUAUACUGGUGCUAUGAGCCCUUCUGCCACUCAAUAUACAGCUGCUUCAUUCGCUGGAAACGGCAAUGGUUGGAAUGGCCCUGCCUUUGCUGGUGCCUUGACAGCUGGAAACCCCGUAUCAAUGCUGAAUGGCGGAAACAACGGAUUCCCACCAGCGUAUAUGAUGGGCAGGUAG